CUCCAAACAAUGUGAGCAAGUGUUCAUCAGGUAUCAAAUAGUUAGGCGCGAGUAACAUGUGGCUAGGAGUUAUCGCGUAUCACUUUACUAAUUAAUCAAAUGCAUUUGCCCUUUGUUAAUCCAGCAAAUGCUGUCGCAAGCGGCUCGACAUAUGCAGAGAGAGAGAGAAAGAGAUAGUGCGCGCGAGAAAGACAGAAGCGUAGAGAAAACUUUGGACUAAUUUCAUACGUUCAGACCUGCUGAGUUUGAGCAGUCAUGUGGAAUCUCGAAAGGAAUAAAAUGUCGUGCGAACAUAAAUGGUGAUGAACAUUAGAUAUAUUAGAAGUAUAUAUAUAGGACAGUGUAAUCAUCAUCUAUCAGCUCACAUGCAGAUACACUUAAUAAUGAUGAUGACGAUGAUCCGACUGUGUUAAAUUUGAAUAUUCAUGAAGCGCGUGUAUGACUAAUGACUAGUUUUCUACGCAGUAAAACUAUACGGAAUAAUAAAAGCAAAAAGUGAAAAACAUUUUCAUGUUAUCUGCCGAGUUUCCAUAAGGUGAACAGUGGAGUGACGACUAUACAAUUUUACAACAGGAAAAAGACGACUCGCUUUCAUAAUCAAAAACGCUGGAUUAAGAUUGAGUUAUCAUUUUGAAAAAUCUCCAUUAUAAAUUUUGCAUCCUGCUAGACAGUUUCUACGAAUGUAAUUUAGCCGGAAGAGCAUUUUGAAAGUGACACAUCAAUUCGCGCUCUUGCCUGGAUGCUGCAUCGCGAAAUCCCACUAGUCCUGUAUCUCAGUUUCUCCAUUAGGAUAUUCCAGGUCGGUUGAGAAUCUAUUAUGAAUUCCAUUUAACGGGGACUAGGGACAAGAGAGAUAAGCCGACGUAAACUCUAGAAGUAAGUCCGACUGAGUUUAAUUGUGCCAGUUGAGAGUAAGUAAUGAUAUCUCAAUUGGGCUAAAAUUAAUUGCACAGUGGGAGGUCAUCAAGUGAACGUCCAGUAAACAUCAUGCAGCAUCCGAACCGUGGGGGACAUAAAGUGUACGAAUAAUUCAGUAUAAUAGUUUUGAAUGACAUAAUAAAACGAUAAACGGCAUACAUAGUGUCAGUGACGUGCGGUAUAAAUACAAUAAUUAUCGAAUAAAUACACAAGACGUGAUUGUUAUCCGUAAUAAGAAAACUUAGUGUCUCAACAAAAACGAAGAUGGUUUGUGGCAGUGAUGCCCUCGUCCGAGGAGGAAAGCCAGUGGCUCGUGGGAACCGGAGCCGUUCUGGGUUCCUCAGGGACUGGAGUGCCAUCGUCAGGGUCUGGAGAACGUACUCCGGGCACUAGGUCUACUCUCUAUACGGAGGAAAUGAGCUCCCAGGUAGGAAACGCGGCUGCGGCUGGCGUUAAUACAUCAUCGGCAGACUCGGCCGAACACGACUUGAUAGAUUCUACAGCCGAUGCUACAUUACUUGCUCAGUUUCAUGAGGACGCGAUUAAACAGGCUGGUGUAGGUUACUUCCAAGUAUUAGCAGCCCUUUGUACCGGUCUCAGUCUUGCUGCGGAUACUGUGGAAUUCUUUGUUGUUCCUUACAUUCUACCCAGUGCUGAGGUUGAACUCUGCAUUGAAGACAAUGAAAAGGGAUGGCUUGGCAAUAUCACUCUUGUUGGUCUUGCCAUUGGUGGAUUAUGCUGGGGUGGUUUAGGGGAUCGACUUGGCAGACGCAGAGCACUGCUCUCAGCAAUGGCAGUACAUGCUCUAUUCAGUGGAGUUGCAACAUUCAUGCCCACUUACGGGACUUUUAUGACUGCAAGAUUCUGCUCCGCAAUUGGUGUAGGAGGAUCCUUGCCACUAGCAUUUGCUUAUCUAGCUGAAUGCUGUCCAAGAUCAAGCAGAGGUCGUUGGACAGGUGCUCUCGUAGGAGCAGGUGCCCUUGGUGGAGUCUAUGCAGCUCUGCUAGCCUGGGCCAUGGUACCAACAACUGGAGAAAUGGUCGUUCUCGAAAAUAAAGAACAUUUUAGCGCCUGGCAUCGUUUUCUGCUUCUUUGCUGUCUACCUGCACUCUGUGCUACAGUGGGUCUUGUAUUCCUACCCGAGAGCCCGCGAUAUCUUAUCGAGGCUGGACGAGAUGUCGAAGCUAUGAUGGUGUAUCAGAGGAUAUACAAAAGAAACAAUGCUAGGAAAGGUGCUACAGGUGCCCAAUAUCAAUUGUCAGAAUUGGAACUUCCUAGUAAAAGGCCGCGCGGUUUGGCGCCCCCAUCACCAACGAGUCAUGCCAGCGUUUUGGCAGAUAUUAUGUAUUCCAUUGAAAUGUUUUGGAAUUCUUUCUUGGAGUUAUUCUCAACACCACAUCUCAGAGUCACUGUGGUGCUUCUAGUCAUUUGGUCUGCCGCUGCAUUUGGACUUUAUGGACUGAUGGUCUGGUGUCCAGAGUACCUGAAACUACUGAGAGCCACAGAAUACGAAGCGCACACAAAACAAAUCGUAAACGAGACGUUUCAUGAUCAAAAAUUUACUGGUUCCUUGGAAAAUAGCCAGUACAAAAAUUCCACUUUCCUCAAUUGCCAGUUUACAAAGAUGGUUUUCAGUCAUGUAAAUUUUGACAAUUGCACCUUCCAUUCUGUGGAAUUCAGUAACAUAAAAUCUAGCAAAACCCACUUCACAGACAGCAUUAUCGUUGACUCCAAAUUCGUCGAUACGGAUUUGUCUGCUCAAGUAUUCACCAGAUGUACCUUGGAGAAUAAUACAGAAUUGAGUUUAAGUGGCCCAUGCCCCACCCUGGAUCUAGAUUACAAUAUCUACAUUGAGGAAGCUCUCCAUGGCCAUUUGGUAGCCCAAUUAGCCUUCGUACCAGCAGCAGCCCUAGCUGGACUGGCUCUGACGAUACUUCAGCGACCAAAAAUGAUAGGUAUCUCUUUAUUCUUCUCUUCCGUCGCUGCUUUGUGCCUGAUGCUGGUAGGCACCAACAGUUCGGCAGUGCUUGGCUUCGAAGGUGGCUUCAUCGCAGUCUUCGCUGUCGGAUGGACAUCGCUUACCUUAGCCACAGUUGAAAGCUUCCCAACGCAUCUAAGGUGUACAGGCUUCGGCUUCAUGACAGCUGGUAUCAGAUUAUCAGGAUUAAUAGGCACAGCGACCUAUCAGACUCUAGUUGGUGCCCCACUGAUUGCUCCGGCUCUUUUGACAGCCACUGCUCUACUUGUAGCCAGUGCAGCUACGUUCAAAUUGCCACAUACUCACACAGUCUUCUUGUAAGCUUUUCCCCCACCGAAAUCUAUCAAUUUUAUCCCAAGCACGAUGGAUUAUUUGUUAAUAGCGCUAGCAACAAGGCACUCCCAUUGUUCAUGCGAAAAUAAGAUCGCUGGACUGGCCAUGCCAGCUAUGUUAGUUAAUGAAAGCCACUAAUAAGCUUGUCGCGUUUAUCUCAUCUGAGAGACAUAACAAAGCGCACAGCCCAUUUAGCCGAAUGAGAUGGAACGAGAUAUAUCAAUGAAAAAUAUGAGGAGGUGACACGAGGCAAGAGAGCCAUACGAUAAUUGAUAAAAGAGAUCAAUUUUAAAAAAUGUACUGCAAUGACUAAGUGAUUAUUAGCGAGAAAGUCGCUUCUUAGAAGCUUGGGGUUAGCGCCAAUUUAUUAAUUAGACAAUCCCGCAUACGUUCCAAAGUGACGGGUCUUUUGAGCUCUCUUGGACGCAAAUCCAGGAUUCUCAUUUUCUAACAAGAAUACGUAAAUUAUUGGAAGCUGUGCUAAUGUAAAAAGAGUGUCGCAAUAUGCGAUAUCUUCAAAGUUAUGGAGAUGAAAGACUAAUGCACGAAAAGCAUAUCAAGAGAAGGAAAUAUGUCCAAGGGUGAAAAUGUCAUUUGGAUGGAAAAAUAAUAAUCUGGCAAUAAGAACCAUAUCACUGUCCUUGAAUGAUUCCGAUUGCCGACAAGAGUUUUUGCUGGAUUGAAAUUUUAAUCGUUUAAAAGUUUCCAUAUAUGUUCUCCAUUUCUCUUCCUCGUAGAACUGUUACCCUAGAAGAGGAGGAGUAUACAGAUUUUGUUCGUCUAUGAUAAAAGACUCGAACGCGCCAAUCCUUCGUAGCUGAAGCCAUUAUUAAUUAAUUAAUUUUACUCAGCAUAUCGUGCUCUACGUGCGAGCAACAUAACAGCUCGAUUAAAAUUACUUUGUAGGAUAUUUUAGGUUUACGUAUACUUUGCUGUAUACAAUCACAUCAAUGGUUUAAUGAUAUUCGUUGUAUCAAGAAACUGAGAAUGAAAAUGUGAUGGAGAAAAUGAUGAGCGACGAUCUUCUUUCUCUAGUCUAUUUAAAAGAAAAAUUCCUUGGACUCUUCAACGUACGACAUCAGAGGAACAAGAGAUUACAUCUUGCUUAGAGACAUAUUAGAAACAAGAGGAAAAAAAGGAAAAGAUACACAUUAAUU